AUGGAUGUUCAAAAAAAUAAACCAAAGAAUAGUAAUAAUAAUAAUAGUAACAAAUUAAAAUAUAUAAAUAAUAAUACCAAGAGUAGUAAUACAACAAAUUUUAACGAGUUGAGAGAUAUUUCAAAAGAUAAUAUAUUUAUUUUAUAUGAUAAAAAAGUGGAACAAUUGAAUAACAGAAAAGACAAUUCUAAUGAUGAUGCAGAGUUAAAAAAAAAAAAUGAGAAAAUAGAAAGAAUGAGUAAGUUCAAUAAUAAUGAAAAUGAAAAAAUAAAGAGUAAUAAAAAUAAACAUUCAAUAAAUAUGUCUACAUUGUCAAGUUUGGAUGAGGAUGAAAAUAAUAAUAGAAACGAAGAUCUUAUAAUGAGUAGUGAAUAUGCAGAAGUAAGUAAAAAUAAAAAUAUGUUAAUAAUGGGUAAUAAAAAAAAUGAAAUGUUAAAUCAUAAAAAAAAUAAUUUGAACCAUUUAUUUGAAGAAGUUUGUACUAUAGACAAUAAUAAUAAUAAUAAUGAUAACAUUCCAAUAUUAAAUAAAAGAUUAAGUGAUCGAAAUAAAAAAGAAAAUGAAAUAUAUAAUAUGAAUCAAAAUAAUUAUGAAAAUGUUUAUAAUAUUAAUCAAUUUAAUAAUAAUAUGAAUAUGAAACAUGUUUUAAAUAAUGUGAAAAGCUUAAAAAAUUGGACAGAUGAUAAGGAUGAAAAUGAAAAAGAAAUAGAGCAUUUUGAUUUAUCGACUGAUUCUAGAAAUCAAAAUAGCAAUAAUAUGAAUAAUAACAAUUAUAAUCAUGAUGUAAAUAAACAAAAAUUGACAAAUAAAAUGAAUAGUUUUAUGUUUGAAAUGGGUGAAGAGAAAUGCAACAAAAUGGAUGAUGAUUUUUCAAAGAAAAAAAUAUUAAAAAAGAGGAGUAUAUAUAAUGAUGAAGAAAGUGAUGGUUCAUAUAUAAAAGAAAUAAAUGACGUCAAUUUAGAUAGAAAGAAGGAUAGUAUGUGUUGUUCAUCUUUUAAAAAAUCUAAAAAAAAUGAAAAUCACGUACGUAUAGAUAAAAAUAAUGUAAAUGAUAAUAUGAAAGAAUUAUAUAGUAAUAGUAUGGGUUAUAUAGAUAUUAAAAAAAAAAGAAAAAAAGAAUUAAGUAAAGAAUUAAAAAAUAUGGAUUGGUUAAUUUAUACUAUUAGAUAUAUGGAUUAUAGAAGAUUACGUAGAAGAUUUAGUGGUAUUAGAAAACCUAUCUCAAAAAAAAUUGUUUUUAUUAUAACUAUAUUUUGUUUAAUAUUAAUAUCAUGGAAAUAUUUUAAUGUAUCAUAUCAAAAUAAUAAGUUUAAUUUUAGUUUUGAAAUUCAAACAAGUUUAUUAUUUUUUGUUGAAGCUAUUUUAUUAACAAUUGGAAUAAUAAUAUUUGCAAAAUUUCAGACGCGUUUAAGUUUACAUUGGCCUAUUUAUGCUUCUUAUAUAUUUAUUAUAUGUGCAGUAAUAUUAUUACUUUUUUUUGAAAAUGAUAAAUUAGACAAAAAUUCUCGUGGGGAACAUAUUUUAAUGUUAUAUGGUAUUGUACAAUUAUCAUUAAUUAUUAUAGUAAAGAUUAUAAUAUUUAGUGGUCCUCUUUUGGCUAUAUAUGGAUUUUUUUGUCCAUGUACCGAGCAUUGUAGAAUAUUAAAAAAGAAAAUUUCAACAAAUAAAUUAAAUAUAACAAUAAGUAGAUAUAACGAUUUUGCAGGUAUGUGUGGUAAUAAUGUUUGUUGUUUAUGCUUAUGUGCAUAUCGUUCGUUUUAUCGUCUUGUAAAUUGUUUCUACAAUAAAUUUUCGAAUUUUAAAUUUAAAAUGAUAACUGAAACAAAUGAUGAAGCUCCAUUUAGUCAUCAGUUAAGAUAUAAAGGCAAAACAGAUAUUUAUGGAAGACCGCAUGGAUAUGGUGAAUGGAUAGAAGAUCAUUCUUAUGGUGAAAAAUUAAGAGGAUUUUGGUAUCAUGGAUAUCCUGUAGGUCCAUUUAUAUCACAAGAAAUUGGUAGUGGUUCCUUAUUUGUUAAUACAAGAGUAGGUUUUGCUGCAUGUGUUGGGAAAGAUUGGUCUGAUGUUAGAUAUGGUGUUGCAUGUACGGAAUGUUCUAUAAGUGGUCAUUUUUUUAAUGAUUUUCCACUUACUCAUUUUUUUAAUCCGAAAAUUGAAAAAAAUAUAUAUGGUAGAUUACCUUCUAAUAGAUAUGAUAUUAUAAUAAAAGAUAUAUUAAAAGAAAAUUAUGAAGAUAUUUUAUGUUAUGAUUUAAAAUGGUGUUUUAAUAUGUUAAAAGUAAAUAGUGGUACAACUAAUGAAACUUGUUCAAAUAAUUGUAUGAUAUCAUUAGAUCAUGUUACUAUGAGUUUAAAGGUUCAUAAUUAUAAAAGACUUGAUUCUAUAAAAAGAAAAAAUGAUAUCCUUGAUGAAAUUAAUAUUAAAUUAGUACAUGUACCACAUGAAAAAAAAAAAACUAAGAAAAUUCAUAAAAGGGACAAAUUUAAAAAAUUAGAAGAAAAAUGGAAACAAGUAGAAAAUGAGGAAAACUCAUUAUUUAUGAAUCAAAAUAAAGUUUGUAGUACUCUAAAAAAUGUUAAUUCGUCUUCUAACAAUAGGGAAAUGAAUGUAGCUAUGCAAGAAAAUUAUCACUCCUAUUAUAAAAAUAAAUUUUCUGAUAAAUAUUUAGAUUCUAUGGAGGAUGAUAUUUAUCUGUACAAAAUGAAUAAAACAUUACAACCAACAGAAAUACAUAAAGCAUCAUAUUUGUUUGAAUCAAGUGAUAGUAGUAAAAAUCAAACCAAACUGAAGGAACAUACAAAUAAAGAUAAAAAAUAUAAAGGUAUAAAUAAAAAUACAGAAUCUUCAUUUAAUAGUAACAAUGAUAUGAAUGGACAUCAAUUUGAUGAAGAUUUCAAUUGUAAUAUUCUUGAAUUACCAAAGAAUGGUUAUAAAAAUUUUGAGAUUAAAGAAAAUUAUGAAUCAUGUAGUAUUAAUAGUAUUUCACGUAGGAGCAAUGUCCAUACAGCGGAUGAUAAGAACAGUAAUAGUUAUAUGAAUCGACUAGAGCUUAAUCAAAUAAAUAAUAAUAAAAAGAAUGUGCCAUAUAAUAAUCCUACGAACGAACCAAGUAUUAGAAAUAAUAUCUCAUAUGUUUCUUAUCCAUUGUGUAUAAAUGAAUGUAAUAGUAAAAAUGAUAAUUCAGUUAAUUCAAAUAUCGACGAGUUUAUUGUAGAUAUUAAAGGAUACGAAGAAAUAUACCAAGGUAAUAAUCAAAAAAAGACGGUAUUAAAUAAUAAUAUUAAAAAUAGAUGUAAUAGUUACUAUCCCAAUGGUAGAUUUAGUACACAAAAUUUUGUAAAUUAUGAAAAACAUGUUCCUAAUAUUAAAAAUAUUUCAAAAAAAGAGGCAUCAGAUAUAAAACAAAAUAAAGAUGAAUAUAUAGAUGAGCAUUCGAUUUUUAGUCAGAAUGAAUAUUCUGCCUUUGUAGAAAAUAAGAAGGAUAAUAUUCAUGAUAAUAUCAAUUGCUUAUUGUUUGAGAAACAAAAUGUUAUAGGAAUUAAUAGAAAAGAGAGUUCAGAAAAAAGUUGUGAUAAGAAUAUGACAGUGUGUACCUUAAAGAGUAUGGAUACGCCUAUUUCAGAAGAUGAAACUGAGAUGGAUAAAUUAAGUAAGCAUAAAAAAGAAAAAUUGAAAAAUAAAGAGUUGGUUAAAAAAAAAAAAAAUUGUAAUAAAAUAAUAGAAAAGCAUUCUAAUAAAAAGGAAAUGUAUGAAAAUUAUGAUAUGAAUAAUAAGGAGGUUGAUGAAUAUGAUAUUGAUAAAAAUGAUUAUGAAUCAAUACCAAUAAGAAAGGAAAUAUUAAAAAGUAUGGAACAUGAACAUAAUAAUAUUGAUAAAUAUGUUGAGAAUAAGAAUAUGUUUAUGUCUGACAUAUUUAAAUCGUUUAUAAAAUCUGGAAUUCAACGAAAUAUGAAAAAGAAUAAUAAUAUAAUAUUAUCUAGUGAUGAAAUAGAUGGUAUAAGUUUAAAAAGAUCAAAUGCUAAAAGAAGAAAAAAUGUUAUAAAGAAAUCGUCUUAUCGACUUUUAGGAAAUUUAAAAGAAAAUGAUAGACGAAAAAGUAGUGUGUUUGAUAAAUCUACGAAAAAAUUAAGUAUGAACAAAAUGAAAAAUUCUAAAAUAAAAAGCUUUGUUAAUAAAUAUUCAAAACAAGGGAAAAAAAGUACUAUAUUUAUAACAUCUGGUAAUAAAAAAUGGGAUAAAUUAUUACGUUCCAAAAAGUAUAAGAAGAAUUAUAAAAAUGAAAGAAUAAUAGGUACCAUAGGUAAUAAAAUGAUGAAUUUGAAUGAAUCUUAUGGAAAUUUUAAUUCUCCUACUAUAUCACCAACAAAUAUAAAACGAAAUAAAACUAUAGCACAAGUAUUUGCUGAAGAAGAUGAAUGGGAACAAUUUAGACAUCAACAUAAACAAAAAAUUGUGAUAGAUGGAUGGCAAUCUUUAUCAUUAAAACAAAAUUUGAAUUUUAUGCCAGAAGAAAUUCUUAUAUAUAUACAUGGAUAUAAUGUAAAAUUAAAUGAUGGAUGUUCUCAAUUAGCUCAUUUAGUGUCAUUUUCUAAAUUACCUGCAUAUAUCCAGCCAUUUGUUUUUCAUUGGGAAGGUGCUAUGUGGGGUGCUUUCUCUGCUCUUUCAUAUCCGGUUGCUAAGAAAAGAACUGAAAUGUCUAUAUUAGGAAAUUCAUUUAGAACAUUUAUAAAGGAGCUUAUAAAUUCUGGUAUUAAAAAUGUUCAUAUUAUUAGUCACUCUUGUGGCUCCCGACUUUUUUUUAAUGGUUUCCGAAGUUGUGUAGAGGACAAUUUAUUUUAUAAUGUAUUAAAAAACAAGGAAUCUGAAAUAAAAAAGGGUGAUAAUGCAAAGUCUAAAGGGUUGGAACGUUUCACAACUGGAAAGGACGAGUAUGUGUCGGAUGAAAAUAAUGACGACACUGAUAAUUUUAAUGAAAAUAAUAAGAAUGGUAUUAAUAAUAUGCAUUCAAGUAAUAACUUAACUAAUAGUAAUAAUAUGAACAAUAUAAAUAAUAUGAACAAUAUAAACAAUAGUAACAGUAUAAACAAUAGUAAUAGUACAAACAAUAUUGGAAGAAGGGAAAACACAACAAGUAAACAAAAUAAAGGGAAUCUUAAAACAAACAGUGAUAAAAAGAAUAAGAAACAAAAGAAACAAAUAAUUGUAAAAACGGUUAUUUUAUUAAAUCCUGAUUAUCCAUUAGAUACUUUUCUUGAGAAAGAUUUUUUCAUGUUAAGGUCUCAUUGUAAUCAUAUAGUUAUGUAUGGUGAUACAAGGGACCAAGCUUUAACAUAUUCAGAAACAUGGAAUAGAGAGAAAUGUUUAGGAAAAAGGAUAUUUAAGUUAAAAUUACCUUUAUAUAAAAUUCAUCAUUAUGAAGAUUAUCUUAAUAUUAAUAGUGAUGGAAAUAAAUUUAUGAAACAGCGUUGUAAAGUUGAACAAUAUAAAGUUUGUGAUAGUGUUUUAUUUCCUAUAUCUUCAUAUGCUGAUGAAGAAAAUAAAAAUAAAUUAAAAGAAAUAGAUAAUAAAGAUGAAGAAAAAAAGAAUAAAAGAGAAUCCAAAUGUAUAAAUAAAGCAUUUAAAACUGAUAAAAAUGUUUUAAACUCAUAUACUCUCGACUUAAAUGAUGUGGGUGAAGGAGAAGGUGGUGUUUCUUGUGCUUCAGAAGAUGUUUCACAAAAUUAUUUAAAUGAAAACUUUUUAAAAACUCUUGAAUUUAGUGAUACUAGUUUAAAAACAUUUAAAUCUAAAAAAAAAUUUCGUUUUUCAACAGCUUUUAAAAAAAUUAAAAGGAAAUGGUUAUUUAAAAAACAAAGAACAAAUAUUUAUUUUAAUGAAAAUACAUUAAGUAAACGUUAUUCAUCUAUGAAAUUCAAAAAGAAAUCUUUUAAAAUGUCUAAUCAAAAAUUUAUAAAAAAUGAUACAGUAUAUAUAUCAUUUGAUAAAUAUGCAUGGCUAGACAUGGACGUCAUAGAUACUACAUUUGUUGAAACAAAUGUGGAUUUUUUAAAACAUUCUUUUUAUCAAGUUAAAAGAGAAAUUAUUGAUGAUAUUAGAGAAGUGCUCAUAUCAAAUAUAAGAGCACAUGAAAGAGUAAGUAGACUUGAUAGAAGAAGAGGAAAUGUUUUUGUAUUAAGGGUUGCACCCGCUGGAGUGGGAAGUCUCCACAGAUAA